UUUUCGACAAAUAACGUUGUCGAGUUGUAAAUGAUUCGUCAUCGUCGUUAUUGCUGUUGUGUUUGUCGUCGUCGUCGUCCCAAGCUCUGAUUUAUGAUAGAAACUCCAUUAACCUUGCACAAUGAAAACAUUUUCUGAGACUUACAUCAUCCUUAUAAUGGUUGGAACAGCAUUCCACAACCCCUCGGAUGGGACGCAUACGAGUUGCAACCAAGGGCACACGAUACCAACAUUUUCCCCGUGCGGUGAUGGGAAGGACGGUCGCGGAGAACUCGUGCAGGUGCUGGUCCCAAUCUCAUCGUACAUGACUACCAAAUGCGGAGGGGGGCGGAAAAGGUUUGGCGUUGAAUGGGGGCAUAGAAUUUGCCGAUUUAAAGGCAAGUCAGCAGAAAACACUACCAUGCAAAUGACGUCAACCGUUACUUCUUCAGCACUGGGAUCGGUGACAUCUGUCGUUGGAUCAACCACAGCAGAAACAACCCCUGCAACAUCAGAUUUUCUGGGAACCAAUGAACCACAGACAACAAGUUCAGAUGUUACCGACUUCACCUCUGUGCAAGAAGUUACAUCGGCAACACCACUCCCCAAUUCAGCGCAGGCAACAUCUCCAAGGCCACUAUCUGCAUCAUCAACCCUCGCAAAGAUAACUUCAUCUGCCGCAAACAAAAUAACUGCGGACUUUGCUGCAACUGAAAUGUCCACACCAACUCCAACCUCUCAACAACAAAUACCAAAAUCCACAGGUCCACAGUUGACAGGAGCAGACACGGGGCAAAAUCCUGAAGGAAUUACCACAACUGGAACACCGAUAAUUACAACCGAAAAACCAUCAACUACCGCCACUGAUACACCAGUUACAGCUCAAACAACAGCGCUAACAUCAGGAAUUACAACUGAUGUGUCGACAAUGACCGUUACAGCACAAACGCCAACAACAGUUUCAAAUCAAAUAUCAUUGGUCAUUACAACUGAAGAAUCGUUAUCAACCACAACCGAAGCAUCUACAACACUAGCCACAACUACAAUACCUACAGUGGUGACAACUCCAACACACAAAACAACCACCACCACUACCAAAAGUGAAUCACUUACAACUGUCACAGUUCCAAAACAGAUAGCAACAAUCACAACUGAACCCCAUACAACACUAGUCACAACUCCAAUACCUAUAGAUGUCACAAAUCCUACAACGACAACAACAACCACCAGCACGACAAAACCACCUACAACUGUCACUACUCCAACACAGAUAACAACAUCCACAACUAAACUACCUACAACACCAGUCACAACUCCUAAACCUACAGCUGUCACAAGUCCUACAAGAACAACCACAACAAAACCACCUACAACUGUCACAACUCCAACACAGAUAGCAAAAACCACGACUGAAUCCCCUACAACACUAGUCACAACUCCAAUACAUACAGCUGUCACAAGUCCUACAAGAACAACCACAACAAAACCACCUACAACUGUCACAAUUCCAACACAGAUAGCAACGACCAUAACUGAAUCCCCAGCAACACUAGUCACAACUCCAAUACCUACAGCUUUCACAAGUCCUACAACGACAACAGCAACAACCACCACGACAAAACCACCUACAACUGUCACAACUCCAACACAGAUAGCAACGACCACAGCUGAAUCCCCUACGACACUAGUCACAAGUCCAAUACCUAUAGAUGUCACAAAUCCUACAACGACAACAACAACCACCACGACAAAACCACCUACAACUGUCACACCUCCAACACAGAUAUCAACAACCACAACUGAACCACAUACAACACCAGUCACAACUCCAAUACCUACAGCUGUCACAAGUCCUACAAGAACAACCACAACAAAACCACCUACAACUGUCACAACUCCAACACAGAUAGCAAAAACCACGACUGAAUCCCCUACAACACUAGUCACAACUCCAAUACCUACAACUGCCACAAAUCCUACAACGCCAACUAUAGUCGCAACUGAACCACUAACAAUGACUGGAACAACCCAAAAAACGACGGUGGGCUCAAAUGAGAUGAAAUGUGCAACAGUACACGACAAUUGUAAAGUGUUCGUUACUGACCAUCAAGACAUGCGUAUCCUCUGGGCCGAUCUACACGGAACAAACAGACUCCAGUUUUCGGUCUUCAAGACUCUUUUGGGAAAACCGUCGGAUGUUAAUUUUGACACGGUAGAACAAAAGUUGUACUGGUCGGACAACGAUAAUAAAAUGAUCUGGCGUGCUGAUCCUCUACCAGAGUCCGAUAAGGAAGCCGUUACUAUGGAAAAUACGGAAGAUAAACCUCUUGGGAUUGUUAUCGCUGAGACGACCCGUCAUUUGUACUGCACAUACGAGAGUAAAGGAUGGAUUAAUCGUGUGACCCUUGGAGAUCCGAGCAGUGAGACACGAUUUGAGCAAGAUAUAAACAAAGCCAGGGCCUUGGCCAUCGACGAAGUUAACGGGUACCUUUAUUGGACACGACAUGAAGGAAUUGAUCGAAAACGGUUGGAUGGUUCUGAUAGCAAACAAGUGGUUGUAGAAUUGCCAGAAUUCUCCAAGUUAUUUGGACUAAUGAUCAACACUGAAGGAUCUCGACUUUUCUUCUGCGAUGAAAAUUCGAAAGAAGCUCAGUAUGUGGAUCCGUUGACACAUGAUCAUCCCGUCGAACUGAUAGGAUCUGGGCUUAGCAUGGUCUUACGUGACGUCAGCAUGGACGGCAAUGGAGUUCUCUACUGGCUGCAGUCUGGCUAUAUACGUAUUAUUGUGAUGGAAGACUAUCUAAGGAGCGGGAAUUUCAGUGUUGAGGCACAGGAUGCAUUUGGAAACCCGCAACGAAUGCAUAUCGCCCGUAUCGCAUAGGCAGACCCAAGGGGGGUGUGCCCUUAAAAGACAAUAAGGGAGAAUAAAAAUGAGAACAAAAAUCGAACACUCCUUAUCUAUUCACUUCUUGUUUUCUCCUUUUCGAAACCUAAUUCGAUAGAAAUCAUUAAUAUUGUUAGCAAUCUACAGAAUAAGAAAAGCCCGGGGUAUGACGGUAUACCCAACUUUCUUCUAAAAAAAUCAUUACAGCCAUCGUUGAUCCAUUGGUACAUAUCUUUAAUAUCUCUCUUAGCACUGGACGGGUCCCCAAUAAAAUUAAAAUCUCCAAAGUCAUCCCACUGUUCAAAAAAGGUGAUAGCCAACUCGUUUCCAACUAUCGUCCAAUAUCCUUACUAACUUCACUAUCUAAAAUUCUAGAAAAACUUGUCCAUAUUAGAACAAGUGAUUUUUUCAAAUUACACAACAUUUUUUCAAACUUCCAAUUUGGAUUCCGUAAA